AUGGUCAAGUUUGAGUAUUCGGCUGAGGAACCUCUUAACCGCGAGCCUCCGCUCGAAAAGCUGAUUUCUAGCUUUCUCACAAAGGAUGAUGGCUACGACCGCAACCACGGAGCAAUCCCCCACAUCGACCCCACAAAACACCGCGUCCGGAUCGACGGCGCCGUCAAAAACGAGCUGUCCCUCACCCUCUUGGACCUGCAAUCCCUCCCCCAACACAGCGUAGUAUGCGCGCUCCAAUGCGCCGGCAACCGACGGCACACGAUGCGAACGACGCUCAAAGAAGUGCAAGGGAUCGACUGGGCCGACGGCGCCGUAAUGAACUGUUCCUGGCGGGGUCCGUUACUACGCGACGUUCUCGCGCAAGCCGGCAUCGCGCUCCCCAGCGCCGCGCAAGCCAGCGCGCACGUCGCCUUCGCCUGCCACAGCAACCCCUGCCAAGAAGCGUCCUGGUACGGCAGCAGCAUCCCGCUGGCGCGGGCGCUCGACCCCGCCGCCGACGUCCUCCUCGCCCUCGACAUGAACGCCGCCCCCCUAACCCCCAACCACGGCUGCCCCGUCCGCGCCAUCGCGCCCGGCAUCGCCGGCGCCCGCUGCGUCAAGUGGCUCGAUCGCGUGACGGUGCAGCCGCAGGAGUCGAGCAAUUUUUACCAGCAGCGCGACUACAAGAUCCUCCCGCCCGAGGCGGACUCGACCGAGGCCGCGGCCCGCUUCUGGGACAAAGUCCCCGCGCUGCAGGAUAUGCCUGUGAACAGCGUCAUCGGCGUGCCUGGUGCUGGCAGCCGCGUGAGCAGGGAUGCGCUCGGCACGGUCCUGGUCAGGGGCUACGCGCUGCCUGCCGGGAUGGGCGGGCCGGUCGUCAAGGUCGAGGUUAGUGCGGAUGGGAAGGAGUGGGUCGAGGCGAGGCUGCUGGAUGGCAAGGGCGAGAAGUGGGCGUGGUGUCUGUGGGAGGCGAGGCUGGCCGUCGCGGCUGGGAAGGGGAAGAGGAUUCUAAGUCGCGCUACGGAUCGCGCGGGGAAUGUGCAGCAGCCGCUUGCGCAGUGGAAUCUGAGAGGCGUCGCGUAUAAUGGGUAUGGCGAGGUGGCGGACUUGGAGGUUGUAUAG